UCCGUAAAAUGCAAAGGAGUGAAGCUCCUAUUAACAGACACUGCUGGUGUCAUUGCUGAAGGGGAAAUGGGCCCUCUGGCCAGUGAUGUCAUUAUUAAACCUGAGAAUGGUACUAGCAUCAAAACAAGUUUGAGUAAUCUCACGUUGACUGAUACAACCACCAGCACUCAGGUCAUUAGUACUGUUGCUGAUCCUUUGAUUGAUUUUGGUCUUCAAAUUUACAAAGUUCCUUCGGCUGAUAAUGCCGACAUUGAAGUGACCGCUACUGUCAACAGGAUACAGGCUGCAGUUAUGUUCACAUUCAUCAAGAGGUUGCUAUCAUUUGUUAAGUCCAUGAAUGUUAAGAAGGAGCUGGUUGAAUCAGCCAAGGAAGCCACCAAUGAACAAGCUAAGAAAGCUAUUGAAACAGCAAAGAAGGCCAGAUCAAAGCGUAUUAAACUAGAUAUAACAGUUGAUGCUCCAGUGGUCAGCCUCUUACUAACGUCAGGUGCUAGCUUCAUGGUCGAUCUUGGCAUUCUUCAAUUAUCAAACAAGUUUGAGCCGGCCCUUAAGCACUACAGCAAUACAGGGGAUGAGCUAGUAGACGUAAUGAGUCUGUCACUGAAAGAUUUGCAAGUUGUCAGACGUUUCGACAAAGGGUCUCACACCAUCAUAUCUCCAGUAACACUUAAAGGAGGAAUCAUCAGGACAUUGGAGGCCCUUAAUACAGACAUACCUAAUGUAGCGAUUGAGUUUAACAUUGACAGCAUCGGUAUAUCAUUUAAUCCUGGAGAUUAUAACGAAGUGUUUAAUGUCCUCAAGGAAUUGCCUACGUCAUCAUCUACUAAUGAGGAGUCAGCUGAUACCAGGAAUGUUAAGUCAUUGAGUAAGACAGGGCCAACAGCUGAUCCCUCAUCAUCAUCAUCAUCAGGGAGUAAUGGGGACUCUCCCUCUGAUUUCAAACUUAACUUUAAGAUGAGUAUCGGAUCCCUGGGUCUAUCUGUGGAGAGUGACUCUAAACAGACUGAGAUUGUCUCCAUUAAACUAACUAGCCUAGAGUCUUCCUUGGGGCUUGACCACAGCUACAUUAGAAUUGGUUUCCUUAUUAAAUCAUUGGAAAUUGCUGACCCACUCUCCAGCUCUUUCCCUCUGACAGUUAUUCGUUGUAAAAUCUCUGCUUUUCUCCUUUAUUUAUACUCUUCUCUCCCUCCAGAAAAUGCUCCUGGGCCAGCCUCCCACGCAAUUGAACAAGGUGGAAGUGAUGUUACUGAUGUAGCAGUCCAGGAUGACUACACUAAUUUCAAAGUUGAAAUAUUUGCUGAUGGAAUCUCAGCUAAUCUUUCAGACACAAAGGUACAAGCUGCUAGACUGUGUAUUGAGCGUAUCAAGUGUCAAGCUAGCAUUACCUCAACCAGCUUGCUUGAUAGUAGCAUUGAUAUUGGAAUAAUAUCAAUUAUUGAUGUUAGGGAUCCAUUAGUUAAUGAUAAGACACUACUGUGUAGUAGCAGUGAUGGAAAUGUCUCAAUGAUAUCGCUGACAUUUAAACAAGAUCCUCAGCUACACCAAAGAACUGGUUUGCUAAAUGUCUCUAAUCCACUGGUGACAAUAAGCAUUGAGUACUUAUUAUAUUUAAUCGGAUACUUAAAGACAUUGUACGAGCCUUUCCUACCAAGCACUCCCUCCCAGCCCUCUCCUCCUAAGCCUCCUAAGUCAGAGGCUGAUGGUGCUACUGUGGAACAGUAUGAGAUGAAGUUGACUGGUUCUAUUGUCAAUGCGCGGCUUGCUGCUUCUGGUGAUGAGCCUAACCAAGCACUGAUAGCUCAAACUGGAGUGUCUCUUGGUAUUUCAUUGAAGGAUGGUUCUAUUUCUAUUCACUCGUCACUCGAUGACUGUACACUAUAUACUGGUUCACCUACUGCUAAAACUACAGUGAACAAGGACAAUAUUAUCCUUUCUCCUUGCACCCUGUCCUUUACAUUGUCCACUAUGUCUGGUCACAAUAUAAUCCUUCAUCUUAAAAGAGUGGAGCUAUUUGUUGCUCCUUCAACAGUCCGUCUGGUCCUCAGUAUAUUAAAUAAGAUACAGGCUGAGACCAAUACAGAGGGAGAGAAAGAGAAGAGGGUCAUAACUGCUCCUCCUGACCUGUUACUGGAUAAACCAGUGGAUGAGUCCAAGUGGUAUUUUAAGAGCCAGGAGCACAUUAUAUCAAGAAUAGUUCAAGACAGUCACCUUGAUGGAAAGAAAGGAGAAUUAUUAAUGCUUGAUAUAGAUCAAGUCUCUAUCACUUUAUUGCAAGAGCAUCCAAGAACUGGUGAAGUAUCAUCAGCUUUCAGUAUAUUACUAGGAAGCUAUGGGAAUAAAGGACUUCACCUUCAGGCACAAGAGUGGUCUGGAGAG